AUGGCUCAAAUCCCUAACUUAGACAAUUCUCCUAUCAAUCUAAAAUCCCUAAGAGAACAAUCUCAGAAAGAGCUUGUUAACAUCCUCAAGAAUAUUCGAGGAAAGAAGUGUUUGGUGAUUGAUCCAAAGCUUAGCGGAUCGCUUUCGUUGAUCAUCCAGUCAACAAUUCUCAGGGAAAAUGGCGCUGAUUUGCAGCAUCUUUCAGCUGAACCAGUUGACACUGAUUGUACUAAAGUGGUUUACCUUGUUCGUUCAGAGUUUAGUUUGAUGAGAUUCAUAUGUUCACAUAUUCACAAGGAUACGUCUCAAGGACUCCAGAGGGAGUACUAUGUUUAUUUUGUACCUAGGCGUGAGGUUGUUUGUGAGAAGGUCCUUGAGGAGGAAAAUGUUCAUAACUUGGUGACUGUUGGGGAGUACCCAUUAUACGUGGUCCCAUUGGAUGAGGAUGUACUAUCAUUUGAACUUGACUUAGCUAACAAAGAAUGCCUAGUUGAUGGUAAUACAGGUUCACUUUGGCAUAUUGCGAAGGCCAUUCACAAGCUUGAGUCUUCUUUUGGAGUGAUACCAAAUGUGAGGGCAAAAGGUAAAGCAUCAGUACGUGUUGCUGACAUUCUCAAUCACAUGCAAGCAGAAGAACCGGUUACCACUUCCGAUAUGAUUAUGCCAGAGAUAAAUACGCUCAUCCUUAUAGACAGGGAGGUAAAUGAUCUCUCUUCUGUUGCUUCUUGGCUUAAUGACAAGCUGUUCAAGGAAAUUCGGGAUCUCAACUUUGAAGUUGUUGUCCAGGUCCUACGUCAAAAGGCAACAUCUAUGAAGCAGGACUACACAGAAAUGACAACUACUAACCAGACAGUUUCUGAGUUAAAGGAUUUUGUUAAAAAGCUGAAUUCAUUGCCAGAGAUGACUAGGCACAUAAAUCUCGCACAGCAUCUAUCAACAUUCACAUCAAAGCAUUCAUUUCUUUCACGACUUGACAUGGAGCAAACACUUGUUGAGGCUCAGAGUUAUGACAUAUGCUUUGAUUACAUUGAAGAAUUGAUCCAUAAGCAGGAACCUCUUGUUAGCGUCCUGCGUCUUCUGAUCUUAUUUUCUAUCACAAAUUCAGGACUGCCAAAAAAGAAUUUUGACCAUUUGAGGAGAGAGCUGCUCCAUAGCUAUGGAUUUGAGCACAUAGCGAUGUUGACUAAUUUAGAAAAGGCUGGAUUGCUUAAAAAGCAGGAAAGUAAAAGCAACUGGCCAACAAUCAAACGUGCUCUCCAACUUGUAGUGGAGGAUACCGACACUGCCAACCCCACUGACAUUGCCUACGUCUUUUCUGGAUAUGCACCACUUAGCAUUCGCCUUGUUCAACAUGCUGUUCGAUCUGGAUGGCGUCCCAUGGAAGAAAUUUUGAAGCUGUUGCCAGGACCUCAUUCAGAAAUGAAGAGAGGUGGAUUCUCAAGCAGUCCUUCGAUCAGCACACUGAAUGGGGCUUCAGCAGCUGUAGAUAGAGUUGCUGAUGGAAGACGCUCCUUGGUACUUGUUGUGUUCAUUGGAGGGGUAACAUUUGCAGAAAUCUCUGCACUUCGAUUUCUUAGUGCUCAGGAAGCCAUGGCAUAUGAUUUGAUUAUCGGGACAACAAAAAUCGUCAAUGGCAAUACCUUGACUGAGACAUACAUGGAAAAGUUGAGCUAA